AUGGCAGCUUCAGUGGCAGCAGCAGAGAUGAUGGCAUCGCGGCUCAGCACAGGAAGAGCGGACAGUGUGGGACGUCACCAGUUUCUUCUGUGGCGGUGUCAAGAACAGCUAGCUAAGGUCUUCCAGAGACUUGUAGCAUCUGGUACAUUUCGCAUCGCCAAGGAGCCUCUGGGGUUUGUGCGCCUCCUCGAAUGGAUUUUUGCAAUCUUUGCAUUUGCAACAUGUGGUGGCUACUCUGGAGCACUGAAAGUCAGUGUGGACUGUGUGAACAAGUCAGAAAGUAACCUGAACAUUGAGAUAGGAUUUUCUUAUCCUUUCAGGUUACACCAAGUGUAUUUUGAUGCACCCACAUGUGAAGGAAAAAAGCAGGAGAGGCUGUUUCUGAUAGGCGACUACUCAUCAUCUGCAGAGUUCUUCGUCACCAUCGCAGUCUUCGCAUUCCUGUAUUCACUGGCAGCUACAGUAGUUUAUAUCUUCUUUCAAAACAAAUAUCGUGAAAACAACCGAGGCCCUCUGAUUGAUUUUAUUGUAACUGUGGUCUUCUCAUUCAUGUGGCUCGUGGGAUCAUCAGCCUGGGCGAAAGGACUCUCUGAUGUCAAAGUUGCUACAGAUCCUGAUGAAGUGCUUUUACUCAUGUCUGCAUGCAAACAGCAGGGCAAUAAAUGCUCACCUGUCAGAGACCCUGCUAUGUCAGGAUUAAACACGUCUGUUGUCUUUGGAUUUCUUAACUUUAUUCUGUGGGCUGGGAAUAUCUGGUUUGUGUUCAAAGAGACUGGUUGGCAUACUUCAAGUCAACGACACGCUCAAAGCACCAUGGAGAAACAGCCAGCUCAAACUGGCUUCAACCAACCCUACAAUCAGCGGGCAAGUGAUCAAGAAAGCUAUGGUCAAACAGCUGGAUACAACCAACAAGGCUAUGGACAGCAACCAGGUUAUGGGCAACAAGCUUCAUAUGGUCAGAUUGGAGGCUACAGUCAGGGUGGUUACAGCCAGAAUGCUCCAACUUCUUUUACCAAUCAAAUGUAACCUGUUCGAGGUCUAAUAUCUGUGCAUCUUUUGUCUGAAAUCCCCAUAGCUC